GGUUUCAAAGGUUCGGACCUGGCAGGAAGAAAAGCGGAAUAACUUUCAAAAAAGUUGAGUGAAAUUGAGAAAUCGCGAAAGGCUGGACGUCAUCAUGAAGUUUGUACAUCAGAUCUGAUAAUCAGAGAAAGCAUGACUGCUGCUGCCUUGUCUGCUGUGGUCAUUGCUGUUUUCCUUUUGGCCCUCUACCUUCUCCAUCGUUAUGGAGAUCUGAGGAACCAGCAGCGCCUGGUCCUGUUGGGGACCCUUCUCUCCUGGUACCUCUGCUUCCUCAUCGUAUUCAUCCUGCCGCUUGAUGUCAGCACGACUAUAUACAACCAGUGCAUUUAUGACCAUUCAAACCACACUUCCUCUUCAUCACAAAGUGGACGGUCUGUUCUGCCUGACCUCGGCUCGGUUUCUUUCCAACCCUCAAGGGCAGCAAACGUGUGUGUAAAGUCCUGGAGUUACAUCCCAGAUAAUGUCCUGCCAGUGUUUUGGAGAGUUGUGUACUGGACGUCCCAGUUUCUUACAUGGCUGCUGUUGCCCUUCAUGCAGUCCUAUGCCCGUUCUGGAGCUUUCUCCAUAGUUGGGAAGGUUAAAACAGCUCUUUUUGAAAAUGCAAUUUAUUAUGGCACCUACCUGCUCGUUUUCAUCCUCCUGCUGAUCUAUGCAGCCGUUCACCUAAAGCUGAAACUUACAUGGACAGAGCUCCAGACGAUUGGUAUCGCUGCUGCUAACACCUGGGGUCUGUUCCUUUUGGUGCUCUUGCUUGGCUACGGCUUGGUGGAGAUCCCACGAUCUUAUUGGCUCUCGUCUUCAAAUAGUUUUCUGCUGGCGAAGACUUACUUUAAGGUAGCAAAACUGGCAACGGAGAAAGCAGCAACCGAGGAGAAGUUAGCAGAUGUUAUGGAGGAAGUGGCAGACGUCAAUGAAUCUGUAAGGUUCGACCACAUUCUCAGGAAAUAUGUGGACACUAUUUUGACGAAGUGUCCCACUAGGUACCAGGAAGAGAUGGGAAGAAACGUGGAAAACUCUCGUCGAGAACAUGAUGUCGUUCCUACCAAAAGUGGCUUAAUCAAACUUCACGAAAAAGUGAUUACUGCCGUGCAGAGGCACAGCCAGACUCAGGUUCAGUGGACCCUCUUGUUGGAGGAGGCCUUCCAUCUAGAAGAUAUUGAGAAAAGCCAGAGCAGUCCAGGACGAAUCAUCACCAAAAGCUUCUCCGCGGACCCGCCUGGCUGGAUACACAAGUUUAUCUACACUCCUACUGUAGAGUGGUAUUGGGAGUGUGUGUUCAGGAAGCCCUUCUGCAGGCUGCUAGCAGUCCUCCUGUCUCUCCUCUCUGUAGCAGUCGUCUGGUCUGAGUGUACCUUCUUCAGCGCACACCCCGUCCUCUCUCUUUUUGCUGUCCUCGUUCAGAAAGCUGAACUACACUACAACUACAUUUUUAUAGAGAUGGUGUGCUUCAUCGGCAUCCUCUUCAUGUGUGUGUGCGUGUACUCCACGGUGUUCAGAAUGCGGGUGUUUAACUACUAUCAUCUGGUGCCACAUCACCAAACCGAUGCUUAUAGCCUGCAGUUCAGCGGAAUGCUGUUUUGUCGUCUGACUCCUCCAUUGUGUCUCAACUUUCUGGGUCUGAUUCAUAUGGACUCUGCCAUCUCACAUCAGGACAGAAUACAGACAUCCUACACCUCUAUUAUGGGAUCCAUGCGGCUGCUGCCUGCCAUAUCUGAUGGGUUCUACAUCUAUUAUCCCAUGCUGGUGUUGCUGCUCUGCAUUGCAACUAUUUACAACUUGGGGUCUCGCUGUUUAAACCUCCUGGGUUUCUAUCAGUACAUUACUGACAAUGACUGGACCUCUGACCUGGUCGAUGAAGGCAAGGAGCUAAUUAGAAGAGAAAGAAGAAUGAGGCAAAAAAUGGAGGAUGGACAAAAUCGGAGAUGGGCCUGGAGGGAGCGAUAUGGAGCCAAAGCAACUCCAUGGCGAAGCAGAGCCGGUUAUACGGAGUUAAAAAAUGACGCACACAGCCCUGAAACAGAGGCCAUGAAAAAUGUCACCACAGAAGAUGGAAAUGCAGAGGAGCACCACAUUAGUUCUCUUCAAGAUAGCUCCAGUGAUGACGGUUUACUGAAUCAAAGAUCCACGACUGGAAGGUAUCGCUCGCUGACAGGCUUCUUUGAUGAUGUGUAAUCAAAUCAGAAUCUCUUGAGAAUUGAAAAAGCUAUUAAUUAUAUAAGUUAAAUUUUCUAUUUUUUAGGGAGUUUUCAAGGCUGUGGACUCUGAGGGGAAAGUUAUUCUGUAUAUUUGAUUUAUACUAUUCGUGGAUACAGUUUAUUUAAACAGCUGGUUUCUGGUGACAGAUGAGGCAUGUAUUUAUCCAGAAUAUUUGCAGCUCUUUGUGAAAUAUAUUUUUGUAAUUAUCUCUUACAUUUGUCAUAUCAGUUGUAGUAUUUUUAAUACAGUGCUGUAUAUCUCAAUUUCUGCAGUUUAAAAUGAAAACUUUUCUUCACUUUAAACAGAACACAUGAAUUAAUAAUGAAAUCAUAACUUGUUUUAUGCAGGGUUUUUUAUAUUUAUAUGUAUGUAUCUGUAAAUAAAAUAACAAGAGUU